AUGGGUCGACGAGUGGUCACAUCGCUGCUCCUGCUUUUGUUGCAGCUGGGGCUUUUUGCUCUUGUACUUCCAACGGCAAUCAUCGCUUACGAACUCACACUGGAAGGCGAACUGGAAAUCGGCAUCAAGGAUUGGUCGUGCAAAUCGUACUGCAAUAACUGUAACUGCACAGCCAAUUUCGUCCCGGAUGAGAACUUAUGUCUUUGCUACUGUCAGAAUCCGGCAGAAAAAACACGAUGCUUCCAGUUCGUGCGUGAAACGAACAACAUUUUGGGCAUCGAGUACGACCUGCAGGUGAUGGAUGCUGACGCCACUCCUAGCGUUAUCGCCAUGCAGCGCACUAAACGAAACACAGACCGAUUGACUCGAAUAGCGCAACGGAAGGAGCGUUUUCAAGCUCGCCGAAGUAAUAGAAUUUCACGUAAAAAAUGGGUAAGAAUUAGCUCCUAA